AAUACAAACCUCGUGAUCACCCAUUCAGCGGUUUCCUGCGUCUGCUGCCUUUAGGGGAGGGGGGAGAGAAAUAAUAAGCCGGGUAGAAGAAGAGAGACAAGCCAAAAGUAUCUGGGAGAGACAGACAGGUGUCGCGGAAGUUUACACCUGCAGAGGCGCAUCCCUCCGCGUCUUUUUGUCAGUAUCUGGGAUAACGUGAAAGAGACUGUAGCUGGCGGUCAUCCGGCACCCACUGAUCCUGUGGUUGUCUCAGCCUCGGCCCCCAGAGCAGCAGUACCUGAGCCUCUCCUUGUCCUCCCCUCCUGGACCAGCAGCUCCGCGUGGCGAGGCCAGGAACGAUGGGCCGGAAGCUGGACCUGUCGGGACUGACGGACGAUGAGGCGGAGCACGUCCUGAAAGUCGUCCAGCGGGACAUGAAGCUGCGGAAGAAGGAGGAGGAGAGGCUGAGCGAGAUGAAGCAGGAGCUGGCGGAGGAAGGCAGCAGAUGCUCUAUCCUCUCCAAGCAGCACCGCUUCAACGAGCACUGCUGCAUCCGCUGCUGUGCGCCCUUCACCUUCCUGCUCAACCCCAAGCGCCUGUGCUUGGACUGCCAGUACAACGUCUGCAAGACCUGCUGCACCUACAACAAGAGGGACAAAGCCUGGCUAUGCUCCGCAUGCCAGAAGGGCAGGAUCUUAAGGACACAGUCGCUUGAAUGGUAUUAUAACAACGUGAAGAGUCGCUUCAAGAGGUUCGGCAGCGCCAAGGUUUUGAAGACUCUGUAUAGAAAGCACAUUAUAGAGAGAGGAGCGCUCUCUGAUCUCCCAGAAAGCAGCGUUCACGAGGGAAGCAACGACAACGAUGGCAGCAUCUGUGGCAGCGACUCCGCCUUCUACAAACAGAGCGAAGGACACAGUAUGGCAGAGACGCUCACAGUCGCCCUGCGUGUUGCUGAGGAGGCUAUAGAGGAGGCCAUCGCUAAGGCGGAGGAGUUCAGUGACAGCUUGGAGAAGCAGAAUGAGGCUCGGUAUCUGCAGGACCACAAAGACGAGCUCAUAGAGGAACUUGCCACAACAAUUGUACAAAAAAUCAUCCAGAGGAGGAAGCGUUCAGAAAUGCAAACAGAGUAUGACUUUGUCUGGCCUCAGCCUCAGUCCCUGAUCCAGUCUAGUGAACUCCCCUCUCCGUCUCAGCCUCAAGCUUCCUCCACAGGACCACAGGACCCCCACAAAACCUCCUACUCUCUCUGGAGGUCACGAUCGGCGUUCUCCCUCACCAGUGACGACUCCCCGGAUAAGGGUCCAGAGGAGGAGGCUUCCGGGGCCGGCGGUGGAUUGCAGGAGUACGCUUCUCUGAAGAGGGACGGCAAGGCCACGUCCCUACCCAGCUGGAAGAGCGUCGACCGCCUGGACAACUCCAGUGCCUCCUCGGUGCUCCAGAGCCCAGACGGUAACUGGCUCGCUCUGCACAGCUCCCAGCUGUCCCGGCCCAGCCUGCUGACCAAGAGGAAGAGCCUGGUGUUCAGCGUGUUGGAAAAGGAGUCCGGCGUGGUGUCAGCCUACGACGAGAUGGGAUCCGACUCCGAGGAGAACGACGAGGGCGGAUGGGGUGCAGCGCUGCGACAGUUCCGGCGCAAACUGUCCGAUGAGACCUACUACACGGACUCCCAGCAUGACCCGGAGUGGACGUACACCCAGCACCUCCCCAUCACCUCACCGUCCUCUGGACAGUACACCAACACGGAGACUCUCAACUCAGACUCAGAGGCCUCCUCGGUGCCGUCCGUGUGUCCUCGCAAGCCGCCUCACAACCUGCUGAGGAGGAAAGGGCCACCGGACACACACCUGCACCCGCACCACCAGCCACUCUACCACCAACACCUCCACCAGAACAUGUCUCCGUACCAGUUCCAGUCAGAGGCCCUGGACGUCAACUUUAACCCCAAGGUGACGGGAGACAGCAGCGAGGCUGAGGAGAGGCAGAGUGAUCCGGUCAGAAGAUCACGGCGACGCAGGAAAAGCAAGAGAGAGACGUCAACAGAGCAGAGCAAACCUGGAGGCCAGAACCACACACAGUCCAUCUACCCGUUAGCGCAGGAGGACAGUGGUUUUCUACUCAAUGCCAUUCUGAAGAGGGGUUUAAGUCAGGAGGAGCCAGCACCGGACCCUAUGCCAAUGGCCACAGCUGCACCAGACGCCUUCAAACUAGAUGCCAUGACACCUGAGCCAGAGGACUUGGACACAGUGGCCCCAAAUUCACUGGCCCCCAGCCCUCCACAGCUCCACUCUCUGGCUCCGGGGUCCCAGCACUCGCCCAGCAGCCCAGGGCCUGGAGACCCUCUAGAAGAUGAGCUACGAUCCAGACUCAGCCAGCUGGUCAGCCGUGCCAACAGCAAAGACAGCAGCUCGUCUGAGGAGGAGCUCACAAAGCGGCCCACGGAUACAGAAAGCGACGGACCGAGAGAAAAGACAAGGCCAAAAGACACUGAAAGAGAAAAAAAUCGGAAGGGAAGUGACAGAUUAAGAGACAGGACAAGCAGUAAGGAAAUAGAGAAAGCAAGUGAAACAGUGCAACAAGUGAAUGGACAAGAGGAGAAAAGAAGUGAGAGACUAAUCAAGAGUCCUUCAGUGAGAGAGGGAGGACGAGUUAAGGAGAGGAGGUUAGAGAUAGGAGUGGAAUGUUUGGAAGAGAGAGUGGACGACCAGGAGCAAAAGAGAGGAGAUAAGAGAGCGCCGAACAGACACAGUAAGAGACAACAUAAAAGAGAUGUGGAGAAAGAGGCGGGACAGAAAGGGGGAGCAAGACGGAGCGGAUCCAGCGCAAGUUCACCUGCUAUCACACCUUCUUCCCAGGAGGGGGUGCUGUCAGACAACCAGGAGAGACAGAAUGACUUGGAGCAACAGGAGAGGCUUCAGUUGCUCUCCUCUCUCUUACAGCAGAAGUACUCGGCGGCCUCUCUCUGCAGCAUCACCACCGAGGUGCUAAAGGUUUUGAACGCUACAGAGGAGCUGAUUGGUGAGGCAGGAGGCGAGAGCUACACCCCGUCUGAGUCCAUGAGUGCUUCUCCCAUCUCCAACAGCUCCGAGACCCGCAAGCUGGACCAGAGGCUGACCAAGAUGGAGGAGAAUGUGUACCUGGCUGCUGGUGCAGUGUACGGGCUUGAGGGGGCGCUUGGGGACCUGGAGCAGUGUGCCCGCAGUAUUAAGAGUGGCACCACAGACACAGAGCUGGCCUUCCUGGAGGACCAGGUGGCCACCGCAGCGGCUCAGGUUCAGCAGUCUGAACUACAGAUUUCAAACAUCGAGGCUAGGAUAUCAGCUCUGAAAACAGCUGGGUUGAAUGUGACUGUUUGCAACCAUUUCUCCAAGUUCAAGCCAAAGGCUAAGCCUCAAACCCUGGACUCAUCACGCCAUCAAAGGAGGAAGCUUCCAGCCCCUCCACUGAAAGAAAAGUUGGAGCCCGAGCAGCAGGUGAAAGUGUUUCGACCAUAGUUACAGUCAGCAGCACAACGAGUCCCUAAGGGCCCCUUCAGAGCCACAGGGACGUGGGCCCGUCUCAUCCAGUGCCUUGACCCAGCGUCCGUCUCCAACUCCGGGCCAAGCAGGGGCCAACACCUGCCCUGUGUGACCCACCAAGCACUCAGCCCUCAGACAGGCACCGUACCCCGUCAGUCAAAUGCCUCGCAGAAGGGAUGACUGUCUCUUUCCUCCUUCCGCUUCAUUCUCAAUGUUCUCCUCCUUACCACGCACAUAAUAUCAAGCAAGGAUGACUCAACAGACUGUGUCUCUGCCUUAAACAUCUGCAAACACUCAUGACCCAACUGAAAAAGAAGAGCUGUACAGAGAAAAUAACUCUCAUUUACUUUUUUCUAUCUGUUUGCAAGAGUAUUGUGAUUUACUGUAUAAUGAAGACGUGGAAAAAUCAUGUGAAACUUUCUGUGAUUCAGUGUCCCCAAAAAGAGGCUGAGCCGUGUUUUAUACUGCAUCUUCAGUGAAAUGUCAUGAGGAAUCUCAUCAUAGUGUAAGCCCCCUCAGAGAUUUUUGGAUGAAUCUGCAUUUUCACACACACAAACGGCCACCAGAUGAUAAUCCUCAUUCGGGGAACGAUUGUAACACCUUUUGACAUUUUAACCAUUUUAAGGAUUCAUGCAAGUGUUUGGAUACACAAGUAUCAGGGCAAAAUAUUUGAGCUAGAUGACAAUAAUAGAACACAAAGCACAUUU